AUGACUAAUAUAGACGCUUCCAAUCUCAUGGUCUCCGAGGCCCACCUUAUCCUUGACCAUUCCCGCAAGGAGAAGGCAGAGAGAACAAAGGAUCUCGGAUCACCUCUACAGCUUCCCGGGAAGGCUCUAGCAAUAGAAAUACUGGGAAAUGACGCAUGGAUAGCGGAAAACACGACUAUUAUCCGCAGAUUAGACCUCGAGACAGGCAAAACUUUGCAAGUGUAUCGCGGCCACACAGGCCCUGUGACAUCUAUCGCUUUCUUCGAAACCGGAACACACAAACUUGUGAUAUCCGGUUCUUGGGAUAAAACCAUCAAAGUGUGGAACAGAGACACGAAAGAACUGCUGUCGUCUACAGACGCUCAUGCCGAUUUCGUCAAAUCUCUUUUGGUUUUUCCAGACCUCAAACUUCUCAUUUCUGGCAGUUCUGACAAGAUUGUGAGAUUCUGGGACCUCUCCUCGAUUUUGGAAGGUCCGUUACGCUCUCUAGGGUCAAUAUCCUCCCAUACUCGGCCUGUAGAAUGCAUCGAUGGCACUGUCAAUUCUGAUCAGUCAGUCGAGCUCUGUACAGGAGACACCAUGGGGGUUAUCAAAGUUUGGCACCUGCAGAAAGAAGGUGGCGCAUCGCCACGCUGGAAGAGUACUCUCAAAUACGAACUGACGCAUCAUCGAACACGGAUAAAUGAUAUGCAUUAUGGGAAUGGACAGCUCUGGACAGCGUCUUCUGAUGAUACUGUUCAGGUCGUUACCGUAAACCCUGCCUCGGAGGCAGACAAAGUACCUCGGUUCAUGACGCAUCCUACAGCAGUUCGGUGUCUUCUCCCAAUAGCAUUGACAGAUCUAGCCGAACCGUACUUGAUUACCGGUUCAGCCGACGUCAUACGCUCAUAUGAUGUGUCCUCUAUUGAGGAGCCGGAGAUCCUAGGUGAGAUUGAUGCACACUGGCACGAUGUCACAGCUUUGCGUCUUUGGAUGCGCAGAUUCACAGGGGAAGACGGGUGUACUCGUGUUGAGCCGUGGGUUCUCAGUGCCAGUCUGGAUGGCACGUUGCGGAAGUGGAAGUUAUCUGAACUUUUAGCUCCACCGCCUCAGGCGACAUCGGCCACGGCCAAAACCACAAGUCCAGUGCCACAGGAACCGCAGUCCAUCUUAACAGAAGAAGAGGAACGGGAGCUGGCCGAGCUCAUGGGUGAUGAUUAA